AUGAAUAUGCUGCAUUCCGUUUCGUUCCAGUCGCACCAGAAGCCCGAACUGGGCGUGAACCCUCUGUCUAUCACUUCAGGUAAUAUUCAGUCGACAGUUCGUACAUCGCAGGAUGGUCUUGAGAAUGAGCAACCGCUUACUCCUCCGAGGACGAAAGCUGAUGUCGCACUGAAAUCGUCACUUCAUCAGCUUCCGCUUCCCACAGCUCCGUUAUGUGGCAACGACGCUCUGGAUUUCGCCUUCGACCGAGCACCAGGGUCCAAUUCACAACCCCAGUUGCUCAGUCGUCGUCACGCUCCGAGGCCUGCACGUUCAUUCAAAUACACCAAGAAUCACAAGUAUCAAAUCUAUCGAAGACGGCCACGACAAGACAUUGGCGGUGAUGGCAAACCAGUGUGGCCUCUCUUCAUCGAGGAUGCUUUUCAAGAAGCGCUGCAAUGUAUACAACCCAUGGGCCGUAAGAAGUGGGCUCGAGGUGGAAAAUUGAACGGGCGCAAUAUGCUCAUUUCGGAAUUUAUAUAUCACAGAACAGGGCAGCGACGCACACGGAAACAAGUCUCGAGCCACAUUCAGGUGCUUGACAAAUUCUUGCGGAAUGAGCCGGAAUGGGUUCGCCUAACCAAGGUACCUGACGAAGCGAAACGAGGCACGCAGACUCAGUGCAAAGGUACAGACUUCCAGCGAAAGCCUUUCGAUGACAAUGCGAACAUCCAACACCGGACGCUAGGCGGCUUGGAGCAGCCUUACUACCACCAGACAGUGUUCAAGGAUGAAGAACCCUGGGAUGACGGAGACGAUACUUUGUUUGAUAGCUCCAUGCCCACAUUUUUCCUAGCAAGCUACAUCGUCCAACACAUGCAGUUCGAAGUGCGUGUCAUUCCUCCACCAUCUUCCAGCGAUCCGGAGCUUGAUUCAACCCGGGUCUUGCACCAUUACACGCAACUAUCAUCCCGCAAAGGGAGACCCAGAGACGUGUCCCUCAAUAGUCUCAGCAACUGGAGCAACUCCUUUCCCCGUUUGCACACCAUCCUAGAUGAACUCUGCACCAGCAAUCCGUGCGAGGUCAUUUUGCUCAACUCGUCCUUUCAACUGAUGGACGGCUUUCCACCCGAACAUUCAAAAUUGGGGAUAAGUCUGGAAGUCGACUUUCUAUGUCAAGACUGGCCUGAGAUGGACCACAACAGUGAAGCUAAACGCUGGAGUGUUGCCACCCACAUCUACCAGGACGGGCAGCUCGUUGCCGCACCCACGCACGAGGAAUGCCGAGCCACGAUUGAUGGUCUGGUCGAGCCUUCUUUUCACAGCACGUGGUGGGCAUCGGCUCUCACAAAUCUCACGGCGGAAAGAUUGAUGGCAAAAGACUCGAGCGAGUCCGGUGCUUUGCAAGCCGCAGACGAAUAUUCGCGUGGGUUUUUUGCGGGUCUGACUAUCAUGCAAGAGAUCUUCGCUCUGCGGUAUACCAUUGGCGAAAACCUCCACACAAAACGUGAACAGCCCCGAAGAGCCGCAAUACUUUUGUGGAAGUUCGCUCAGGCAGAGUCUAGCUCAGAACGAACUACAACUUGGCAGCCACUGACCCUGCCCGAGCCCAUCGAUAGAGGCUUCAAGAACAGCCCUCUGGUGCCUUCACCGAGCACUGAACUGCCGCCCUUGCCAAUCAGUGCGAUGGAUUACGACAUUGGGUCUAUUGCCCACGAUCCUAGUCGCGCUUUUGAUGGGUUUGGAAGUUUCCCUACGGCGGUGCAUGAUGAUAUGUGUCAAGGCAGCAGUUUCACCACUUUCAAUCAAGAGCUUCUAAAUGGAGACCCUCUCCAAUCCACAUUGGAUGUCUCAACUACACAACGACUGGAUCCGGAAAGCAACUAUCCCAACAACUUGGAGUACUCUGGCUUCUCGCCUUCACCCUUCCCUCCCGCGGCAGAAGGGCCAGUGCCUCAGGCUGGCAAUAUCUUUUAUCUUCCAAACCUAGCUGAGCAAGACGAAGCCAUGCACACCUUGACAGGCGCACACGAAGAAGUACUGGAGUCAACCCGUGGCAGUCAUCCUGGUCUUAUUCUGCAAACACAUCAGGCAUUGCAGGAGCAUAUCAGUAUGACCGAGGGGUUGAAGAUCGUGAUCCCGUCGUCCAAGACCUUAACGGAAUCAGAGCAUCAGUCACAAACACCCGAUAUUCAACCCUGGGAUAAGCUGCCCGAGGAAGAAAUACGCGUUUUGCGGUUCCUAACGGAAAAGCAGCAGACACGCAAGAGGCAGAGUAGCGACGGGGACAAGGAAUGGUCAUCGAGUCAAGAUGAACAAGCUACCCACCGUCGGGAUCGGCAUGCUCACCAGCCCUUGUCAGCGAAAAUUCCAGAGUUUCAAUCUCACUGGGGCCACCAUGUCGCCCGCCCAGCCAUGCAGACUCACCACAGCUUUGAUACCUUGCCUCGACACGGUAGCUCCUUUGCUGACUCGACUAUUGGUCUAUUUGACCACACCUUCCAUGACAUUUACGGUUUUACCUCAUCAGCGGAUCCUUUUGGUGGUGGUGGUGGCAGUGAUGGCGGUGGCCAGAUUAUCCAACAACAGGAUCAUCCAUUUUCUACAAGUUUCCUACCAAGUCAGGAUGGCGAUGAUGUCGGGAGUCGAGGGUUGCCACGUGCGCACAGCGAGUCAGACAUUUGCAUUCUCGUAGGAGGGUCAGAGAACGACAAAAUCCCCCCUCUUCCACCCUUGCCUAGUGAUAUCAACGAGCCGUUGCCUGUGUUGAAUGUGGUGGAUGUUGAGGCCGUUGAGGCAGUCGACGCUGUUGACGCUGCUGAUGAUUCUGGAAACCGCGAGGACGCCGUCAGGUCGAUCUCUCCGCGGUCGCAAGAGACUCGGGAGCCGUUGCAUUCUCAUGUGGACAGGGAUGAUGCCAGCUCAGAUGUCGGCGAUGGGGGUGGUAGCGGCUCCGUGGAACAGUCGCAGGAGAGGUGA